UGCCAUCAACUGCUCUGGAAGGAAAUCAAGUACCAUGGUGCCCAGAAUCUUUGGUUUCAUCUGCAUAUUAGUCUUCCUCCUCCUCCAGUGCUCAAAGUCAGGUACAGGGGCCCACAUGAACGCUGACCUGUGGCUGUGCCAGCGAGCACCCAGGUGUGGGCACCAGAUGUACAACCCCUUGGAGCAAUGCUGUGACAAUGACACCAUCCUGCCCUUCAACCGGACCCACCUCUGUGGCCCCAACUGCACAUUCUGGCCCUGACUUGAGCUCUGCUGUCCUGAGUCGUCAGGCCCCCAGACCAGGUUUGAUGAAAGUUGAAGGUUAUGGGCAAGACAUCUCGGUGCCCUACCUCUCCCAUCACCAGGGUCUAUCCCAGGUAAGGACCCUACCUCACUCAGGUGACAACAGGAAGUGGGGAUUAUGGCAGGGAAGGACUCUGGUGGUUGGGGCCCUCCUGAGUGGGGAUCCCAGUCCUGCAUCUCCCCAUCUUUCUCCUUGUUGGCAUCUUUAAAUAGUC